AACAGGAGGAAACCUGGAAGCUUUUUGCUGCUCUGUUGAAUAUGGGAUUAUAAAGGAAAAUCGCGCCUAGAGCAUCUCUGUCCCUCUUUCAAAUGGGUGACUUCUGAACCUGGAACUCUUCAUUACCUGAAGCAGCAACUUCUUUCACUGUGCAUCCUGGAGGGGAAAAUGAAUUUCACAAAUUGUACUACUGAAGCCAACGUGGCUGCAAAGCCUAAAACAGUAACUGAAAAGAUGCUUGUUACCCUGACCUUGGCCACAAUUACAACCUUGACUAUGCUGCUGAAUUCUGCUGUAAUUGCAGCAAUCUCCACAACCAAGAAGCUCCACCAGCCGGCAAAUUAUUUAAUAUGUUCACUAGCUGUGACAGAUCUCCUAGUUGCUGUUCUCGUCAUGCCCUUGAGCAUCACUUACAUAAUGAUAGAUAAAUGGACUUUGGGAUACUUCAUCUGUGAGAUCUGGCUUAGCGUCGACAUGACCUGUUGCACGUGUUCAAUCCUUCAUCUGUGUGUCAUUGCUCUGGACAGGUACUGGGCAAUCACAGAUGCUAUCGAAUACGCCAGAAAAAGAACGGCAAAAAGAGCUGGGCUAAUGAUAGUCACUGUGUGGACUAUCUCCAUUUUCAUAUCAAUGCCCCCUUUGUUUUGGAGGAAUCACCACAGCGUCAAUAUUCCCAGUGAGUGUCGCAUUCAGCAUGACCACGUCAUCUACACUAUUUAUUCCACAUUUGGGGCAUUUUACAUCCCCUUGACUUUGAUCCUGAUCCUGUACUACAGAAUUUACCAUGCUGCAAAGAGCCUUUACCAAAAGCGGGGUUCCAGCCGCCACCUCAGCAACAGGAGCACCGACAGCCAGAACUCCUUUGCCAGCUGCAAGCUCACACAGACAUUCUGCGUCUCGGACUUCUCCACGUCUGACCCAACCACAGAGUUCGAUAAAAUCAAUGCAUCCGUGAGGAUCCCUCCUUUUGAGAAUGACUUAGACCUGGCUGGUGACCGGCAGCAGAUCUCCACAACACGAGAACGAAAGGCUGCUCGCAUUUUGGGGCUGAUUUUAGGUGCUUUCAUUUUAUCCUGGUUGCCCUUUUUCAUCAAGGAGCUGCUUGUGGGCCUCCACGUUUGCACUGUUUCUCCAGAAGUAGCGGACUUCUUGACCUGGCUUGGAUAUGUCAACUCCCUUAUCAACCCUUUGCUGUACACUAGCUUUAAUGAAGACUUCAAGCUGGCCUUUAGAAAGCUCAUCAGGUGUCGAGAACAUACUUAGAAGUACUGGGAGAUGAUGCUGCUGACAUGGCUCCCGGCCUUAAGAGCGAGCAAAAUAAUUUGACUGUCACCACUUCCCUUGACAAAGGGGAUCUUUGUGUUUGCCUAUUUGCUUGACUUAUCUUUAGCCUGUAAUUCAUUAUGCCGUUUUUUACUUCUACUGUUAUCCAUGGUAAAGAGUUUGAAAUAAAUCUGUUCUACAAAGGAAAAGGUUUUUUAGCAAUGAAACAACAACAAAACAGAAACUAUUAGCUACUCAUGUUCAAGACAUUUUGUGUAAUCAAUUUGAGAAGCAAACAAUUAUAUUCACUUUUAUACUUUUUCCAUUUAAGAAUCAAGUGUCUAAAUUAACAUGCACUGUAGUAAUAUAAAGGCUUAUAAACUGAACCUCAUAAAUACAUACUCAAAAAUUAAUAAACACCUCAUGGUCAUGACAGUGAAAAAGCAAAUCUUUACUGUGGCAUUCGGA